GCUCCAGGCGGGACUUCCUUUCUCUUGCGGAUGCGAUAUUAGGGUGAGCAGGCAGAAACUGGGCUUGGUCGGGGUGUCACCGGUCCAUCUGUGCGCCUCUGGACAGCAGAUAACCUGGCUGACGACGCCGCCGCCGCCGAAGCCCCGUAGAUGAAUCUCCUCCUCGGCUAUGCUGCCCUGAGAGCGCCGCGAGUACCCGCCCCGCCAAAAUGUCUGAUGUCAACAAGACUAUUCAGAAAUGGCACGCCAGUUUUAAGAAAGGCACAGACUUUGACUCGUGGGGACAAUUAGUGGAGGCUAUAGAUGAGUACCAAAUUCUAGCAAGACAGCUGCAAAAAGAAGUCCAGUCAACAAAUUCGUCAGACUUCACAGAGGAGCAGAAGAAAACUUUAGGAAAGAUUGCAACAUGCCUGGAGAUGAGAAGUGCCAGUUUGCAGUGCACACAGUCAAAGGAGGAUUUCAAGUUAGAGGACCUGAAGAAACUGGAAACCAUAAUUAAAAAUAUACUGACCUAUAACAAAGAGUUUCCUUUUGAUGUCCAGCCAGUGCCCUUAAGGAAAAUCCUUGCUCCAGGUGAGGAGGAGAACCUGGAGCUGGAGGAGGAGGAGGAUGCAGCAGCAGGAGCAGGUUCAACAGAGGCUUUCCCUCCACGAGCCCCUGCUUCGCAAGGUACCUUGUUGCCACGGUUACCUUCAGAGCCGGGGAUGACACUACUUACAAUAAAGAUUGAAAAAAUCGGCUUGAAGGACGCCGGGCAGUGCAUCGAUCCCUACAUGACCAUUAGUGUUAAAGAUUUAAACGGUGUUGAUUUGAACCCAGUGCAGGACACCCCUGUGGCCACCAGGAAGGAGGACACCUACAUUCAUUUCAGUGUGGAUGUAGAGAUCCAGAGACAUGUGGAGAAAUUACCAAAAGGAGCAGCUAUCUUCUUUGAAUUCAAGCACUACAAACCUAAAAAGAGGUUUACCAGCACAAAAUGUUUUGCCUUCAUGGAAAUGGACGAGAUAAAGCCAGGACCCAUCGUAAUCGAACUGUACAAGAAACCCACAGACUUCAAGAGGAAGAAACUGCAGCUUCUAACAAAGAAACCACUUUAUCUCCAUCUUCAUCAGACAUUACACAAGGACAGCUAAGUCGGAACACGCCUUGAACUUUGCAGCAACCUCUUUUAAUCUCUCUCUCACAUCCACAUCCAGCAAAAUGUGGUGUUCCACCUCAUCUCAUCUAGCAAUACUAAAUCAAGGCCGCUGUCAUGUUUUCCUCCCCUGGUUUUCCUGAAUAUAUGAAGAAAGUAAGAGGAACUGAGCCAAACAUUAGGCACAUCAGCUCAAACAGCCACAUUAGUUUUUCAUUUUUAUAUUCUUUGAUUUUGCUGUCAAAUGCAUAUCCCCUCUCUUGCAGGAAACCCUUCUCCAAAAAUAAUAGUGUUUUGACUCACUGGAGAUCCAGGGUUUUCAUGCUGCAGCAGCGGUAGUGGAAACAGUCAAACCACUUCAUCUCUAGUCUUCCUUAACUCACUGAUUUUGGGGAAACGGGGACACAGUGCGAGUCACCGCAGGUGCUUAAUUGGAGUUUAAGACUUUAUAGGGUUGUUGGACAUUGAACCUUGGAUUUAAGUUAUAUUCGGCAAAACAUGAAAAGCAACGAUAUUUGCCAAAAAACGUGGAUAUGUUGGGGAAGUCAGGGCAGAGUUUGCAAAGCCAUUCCCUGAAUAAAUAACAUGCAAACAGUGGACGUGGCUCGUUUGCUUCAUCAAGACACCGAAAGUGCGUUUUUGAAUUCUGUGAUAGUCCAGGAUGCUUUACGGAGUCUCGAGUGUGCCAGAAUUAUAAUGAAAUAAUUUAUCAGUGAAUUUGAAAACACUAUUACAAACUGUUUAAUUGAGUUAGCAUUUAAAUUAUGCAUUACAUAAAAAGCGUAAUUAUAACAAUAUUAUUCAAUUCACCAAGCAGCUCACUCAAUGAUUAAUAAUUGAAUUGUAAAAUGGAAUAACAAAGCUAAUUUUAAAAAAGGUUAUUAAAUUAUACUUUAUUAUUCCUGUUACUUAUAUAUUCCAUCUCACAAUUUGUUUUCUACUUUAACAUUUAGUUCCAGUUUGUGCUUUCUUUAAUUUUAACCUGCAUUCACUAAAUUUUAUCAUGAUAUAAACAACAAGACAACAAGUAAUAUAACUAACGUUAGCUAGGCUAGGUUGUGAGUUUGCUCCAACUGCCCCUUUUCCAAUAUCUGGCCUCUUCCUCUUUCCCUUGUCCUGUGUUUCUGAUUGGCUGGAUUAUUGUUGUGUGAAUUGCUGACUAUACCUUUAAUGGAGCAUUAAUUUAAAGCUAUGUGUUGGCAGGAGCUGGCUUUAAAUUAAAGCCAUGAAGAAAAAUAGAAAAAAUAGAAAUUAAUAAAAAGUCUAUAAUUGGUGGCAUGCUCCAGACUCCAUGCUGGUUUAGUGUUAAGUGGCAGCAGUGGCAUUCACAAUGUUACAUGGUACAAUUAUGUUAAAUAUAAAUUAGGUGUCUUUAACAAGAAGCCUCUACAUUUUGUUCUGGUAGUUGGCAUUUUUAGAGUAAUAAUUCUUGAAGGUUGUGUUGACCUUUGUUAAAACUUCUUGCAAAAUUUGUUGUGUUAAAUGUCAGAUUUUCACAUUCUGAGUGUUUGUUUCAGCCCAGAGUCAAUAAGAUCAUGACCCAGUAGCAAUUAAAUCGCCCCAUAACUCUGACAGUUGAUACAUGCCAGUGUUCAUGCUUCAGUAUGUAUUGAAUGUAAUGUUUAAAUACUGUUGCAUAAAGUUUAAUGAAUGCAUAAAGAGUAAAAUGGAUGCAGCAUGGUUUGCAUGCUGUGGACGUGUAUUCUGUAAACAGUGUGAGCCUUUGGUUGAGGCUCAGAUGUUUAACACCAGUUUUUUUUUUUUUUUUUU